UGUAGAGCUCAUUUUGAUUUUUCGUUUAACGCAGUGGCAACGCUGUGCUUGACCUGUAAAUAUAAUGCUGAUGACAGAAUAUAAUUGUUUCUAUUCUGACUGGGAGAAGAAUGUUUUUAAAAAUAUUAUAUAUUUUAAACGGGCUAGUGGCGUUAUUUGUGAUUGUAUUAGGACUGGCGUUAUAUUGCCUGCGGAAAUAUUUGCAGUCCAGGAAGUCUAAACUUGCGGAUCGAAAUGUGAAUGUUGUAAAUGUUGGUAUUUUCCAUCCGUAUUGUAAUGCUGGUGGUGGUGGAGAGCGUGUUCUGUGGUGUGCAGUCAGAUCUUUGCAGGCAAAAUAUGAUAACAUUAAAAUUCUCAUAUACACUGGGGAUAUUGAAAGCUCACCAAAUGCAAUUUUGGAAAAAGCGAAAAGUGUAUUCAACAUUUACAUAGAAAAAGAUAGCGUUACUUUUGUGUACCUAAAGUUACGGCAUUGGGUUGAAGCAAAAAAAUAUCCCUGUUUCACCCUCCUUGGUCAAAGUAUUGGUUCAAUACUCUUAGGCUUGGAAGCAUUAUGUAAAUUUCCUCCCGACAUAUAUAUUGACACCAUGGGAUAUGCAUUUACGUUACCAUUAUUUCGAUACAUAGGAUGUUGUAAAGUCGGGUGUUAUGUUCAUUAUCCAACAAUAAGUACAGAAAUGUUACGGAGAGUUCAACAGCGUGAAUAUUCCCAUAAUAAUCAUAGUUACGUAGUUCGAAAUCCCUUUUUAACCUGGACAAAAGUUACAUACUACAAGUUAUUUGCUAAGAUGUAUAGUUGGGUUGGCCGUAGUUCGGAAACGAUAAUGGUGAAUUCAUCCUGGACGGAAAACCAUAUAUUGAAUUUGUGGGGUGCACCAUUUAAGACUCACCGUGUUUAUCCACCUUGUGAAGUAAACCAUAUAAAAAAAUUGAAACGCUCAGAAAAUCCUAACAAAAUAAUAAUAUUGUCAGUAGGACAAUUUCGACCAGAAAAAGAUCACCCUCUUCAAUUGCAGACAAUGUAUGAAUUAAGGACUUUAUUGAAUAGGAAUGAGGAAAUGUGGAACAAAAUUCAGCUUGUUAUUCUUGGUUCCUGCAGAAAUGAAUCAGACUACGAACGUCUUAAAAACAUGCAAGACUUAUCAAAACAUCUAUCUUUGGAAAAUAGUGUUGAGUUCAAAGUGAACGUUCCCUACAGUGAACUAUUAGAAAUCUACAAAAUUGCUAGUAUUGGUAUUCAUACAAUGUGGAAUGAACAUUUUGGCAUUGGUAUAGUCGAAUGUAUGGCGGCUGGCCUUAUAAUGGUCGCACACAAAUCUGGAGGGCCCCUAUUGGAUAUAAUUGAAACAUCGGAAGGCUCGCAAAAUGGAUUCCUUGCAACAGACGCUUCUGAAUAUGCCAAUUGUAUAUUAUCAAUAAUCUAUAAUUCCUUGGAACAAAACGAAGUUAUAAGAAAUGCAGCAAGGUCUUCUGUGGAACGCUUUUCUGAGAAAGAAUUCGAAGCAAACUUUCUGCGAGCAAUAAUACCUCUUUUCAAUAAAUACAUUAAGUAAAACUUUCAAAUAACAUCAUGUUGUAAUGCAGAGUUUUAUUCAAAACAUAUGACUUUGAAAUAUAUUUAUAUUAACGAGUUUAAAAUAUAAAUCAAGUUUAAAUGAUA